AUGCCUGAAACCUCUGCCCUAUGCUUUUCCACCUUCUCCUCAGUUCCCCUCCCCAAGGAACCCAUUUCCUGUCCCUCCACUUCUUUCCCUCACCGUAGAUUUCCUCUGCAUCGCCCUCAAUACCGUUCCCUCCGAUUUAUUGCUAAAGCCUCCGGUUCAGGUCAUUUUCUUGGUGAUGGAGAUGUUUUUGGGUUCUUUCCCUGGGAGUCUCCCGAUGCUGGAGACUCUUCUAUACAGUGGGUUCCAGAGGAGAGGGUCACAUUGUUUACUGCUGAUGGUUUGAUUCAAAUUGGAGGGAACCUUGUCCCACGGCGUAUUUCUUCUUCUGAUAAAAAGCAAGGGAAGGUUAAAAUUUCACAAAGAUUUCAACGGUUUCAGGAAAGUAAUUACAUGGAUCCAAGUCAAGGUCUAUGUUUGGGUGCACUCUUUGACAUCGCAGCAACAAAUGGACUUGAUAUGGGCAGAAGACUUUGUAUCUUCGGCUUCUGUCGCUCCGUUGAGAUGCUCAGUGAUGUUGUGGAAGAUACUGUUCUGGAGCACGGUGGGGAGGUUGUGGCUGCAGAGAAAGCAACUAAGGGCGGGUUGCAUGAAAAGCUAACCAUGACAGUAGCAGUGCCAUUGCUUUGGGGAGUUCCUCCAGCUUCUGAGACUCUUCACCUUGCUGUUCGGAGCGGUGGAGGGAUAGUAGACAAGGUCUACUGGCAAUGGGACUUCCUGUAA